UUAGAUGUUUCUUUCUCAUGUAUUUUAGCAAGAACUGCAUGGUCAUGAACCUUCUUCUCUCUCUCUCUCUCUCGCAAACACACUCAAAUCUGUAAUUCUGUAAUGGGUUUUGUGUCACACUCGAAACUAAAAUUUUCCUUCCUUGGCAGAUGAUGAUGAUGGAGCACGUGCACACUCAGAUUUCCAUCACACCAGGAUUUAUUUGAUCAGAAGACAACCAUAGUUACUAUCAAUUUCCGACAGCUUUUAACAAUUGUCUGAACAGCAGCCAAAUGGGUUGAAAUUCCAAAACAACCAGCUUCGUUACAUCAACAGUGAUAUAGAAACUAGAUAGAUAUGGCGUCGUACUUUCAUGGAAAUUCAGAAAUCCAAGGUGGAGGUGAUGGUCUACAGACACUGAUUCUCAUGAACCCUGGCUACGUUGGAUACUCCGACACACAACAGCAACCACCACCGGGAAGCAAUUUCGUUUUUCUCAACUCCAACACAGCUGGAAACAAUCUCCAUCCCACCACUCUAUCUCACGCGCCACCCUCACAAACCCAACACUUUGUGGGCAUCCCACUUCAGGCCGCCACCACCACCACAGCUUCGGCCUCAUCCCAUGUCCCUCAUCCUCAAUCUGUCCACACCCAGCAUGACUUCUCGGCCAUUCAUGGCUUCAUGCCCCGCCUUCAGUACAAUAUGUACAACCCCAUAGAACUUGCGGCGGCGCGUGAUUCCUCACGCGCUCAGCAGGGUCUCUCUUUGAGUCUAUCUUCUCAACAACCAGGAUAUGGGUCUUUUAGACCUGAAUCUGAUGUGCCAUCUCAGGCUCUUGUGACCACAAUUUCUCCGACCAGUGGCGAUGAUGUGAGAGUUUCCGGAGGGUCGUCUUCGUCGGCGUCGGGGAUUUCAAAUGGGGUUAAUGGCAUGCAAAGUGUGUUGCUGAGUUCUAAGUAUUUGAAGGCGGCUCAAGAGCUUCUGGAUGAAGUUGUUAAUGUCGGUAAAGGAGUGAAGAGCACUGAUCAAUCACCUAAAGGGACUAAUACACAAGCCAAGGUCACCGGAGAGUCAUCGGCGGCAGCUAACGGAGGAGGAGAUUCGAGUGCUAAACGUGGUGCUGAUCUUAACACGGCGGAUAGGCAGGAAAUUCAGAUGAAGAAAGCCAAGCUUGUUAACAUGCUUGAUGAGGUGGAGCAGAGGUACAGACAAUACCACCACCAGAUGCAGAUUGUAAUUUCUUGGUUUGAACAAGCAGCAGGAAUCGGUUCUGCAAAGACAUACACAGCUCUGGCUUUGCAAACAAUCUCGAAGCAAUUCCGGUGCCUGAAAGACGCGAUACUCGGCCAAAUUCGAGCUGCAAGCAAGAGUUUAGGCGAAGAAGAUUGUUUGGGAGGCAAGAUUGAGGGUUCAAGGCUCAAAUUUGUUGAUAAUCAGCUCCGGCAACAAAGAGCUCUGCAACAAUUGGGAAUGAUCCAACAUAAUGCUUGGAGACCCCAGAGAGGAUUGCCCGAGCGCUCUGUAUCCGUUCUUCGUGCUUGGCUCUUCGAACACUUCCUCCAUCCUUAUCCCAAGGAUUCAGACAAAGUCAUGCUUGCGAAACAAACAGGGCUAACAAGGAGUCAGGUGUCUAAUUGGUUCAUAAAUGCUCGAGUUCGGCUCUGGAAGCCAAUGGUAGAGGAAAUGUAUACAGAGGAGGUCAAGGACCAAGAACCGAAUGGAUCAGAAGACAAAACAAAUAAAAAUGAACUGAAUGAAGACUCAGCAUCAAAGUCCAACGCUUCACAAGAGAAAACUCCUGGAAAAGAAAAUCAAAGCAAGAAUUUCAAGUUCAAACAAGGUAAUCCAACACACCAAAACAGUCAACCAAUUUCAGUCUCGACGGCUUCAACCUCCCCAACUGGAAUGAAUAUUCAAAACCACUCUGCAUUCAACCUCAUGCGAUCAUCCGAAAUGGAAAGCCUCACGCAAGGAAGUCCCAAGAAGCCAAGGAACAAUGAUAUGUUGCACUCCCCAAGCAGUGUUCCAUCAGUGGACAUGGAUGCAAAGCCUGGGGACGCGAACAAUGAGCAGGUGAUCAUGAAAUUUGGCAAUGAGAGGCAGAGCAGAGACGGUUUUACCUUAAUGGGAGCCCCAACAAACUUCAUUGGAGGAUUUGGCACAUACCCAAUGGGAGAAAUGGGAAGGUUCAGUACUGACCAAUUCCCAACAACGUAUUCAGGCAAUGGUGUUUCUCUCACUCUUGGUCUCCCACACUGUGACAACCUCUCCAUGUCUGCAACCCAUCAAGCUUUUCUCCCUAACCAAAACAUCCAAUUAGGAAGAGGGGUAGAGAUUGGGGAAGCAAACGAGUUUGGAACUAUAAAUACUCCCUCAUCUUCUCACUCGACAACCAUUUACGAUAACAUCAACAUUCAGGACCGCAAGAGGUUUGCUGCACAGUUGCUGCCAGACUUUGUGGCUUGAUGAGUUCAAUGGAGCAAUGUGAACAGAGAGAAAGAGAGGCAAGAAGGUAUUGCUGUGGUUUCAAACUCCCUUCCACUAUUUUCUUCUAUCCCUUCAUUACUAGGAAGAAGGGAAUUUGCAUGGUAGUGUAAAGGAUGAAGAAAUUUACAUAGUACAGAUCUAUACUUUCCAGAGAACCAUUUGAGUUCUUAUAGAUAGCUUAGGUUUUUAGAACAUAUGGUUGAGGAUUGUAUAUUAAUUUUGUUGCUGCAUAUGGAUAGAUGGAUUGGUAUAAUGAAUGUGACAAACUACUUUAUUUUUGGGGGGUAUAGAAAUGAAUAGUUUUGUAAGUGCAUGUGUAUCAUUUGCUAGGUGCAUUGUACUAAUGUUUUGAACCUGAAUUUGUUGUGCUGGGAUGGAAGCAAAAGAAGGGCUGUCAACAACCAUUUUCAAAAUUUUCACUCUGAUUUUUUCUCAGCAACCAAACACAAGAUGAUACAGAAAUUGUUUUUUUCUGGUUAUCUGUUUGCUGCCUUAGUGGAUUUUGAUGCUAUUCUCAAUGGUUAUUUAAUGAAAAAGUUGAUAAUUCCUCUAGAUGAAGUCUCAAAAGUUAGAACAGAUUGUAGUGCCAAUCUGGUGUAAUUUAUGGCAUAUUAUUGUUGACUCUGUACUG